GAGCGAGCUGAGCCGCGGCCAGCUCCGGCGGGCCGGGGGGCGCUGGAGCGCAGCACAGCGCAGCCCCAUCAGUCCGCAGAGCGGACCGAGCUGGAAACCGAGCGCUGCCGCGAGAGGCGGACGAUGAGGGCAGGUGCCACCGGCCGCGCCAUGGACGGGCCGCGCCUGCUGCUGUUGCUGCUUCUGGGGGUGUCCCUUGGAGGUGCCAAGGAGGCAUGCCCCACAGGCCUGUACACACACAGCGGCGAGUGCUGCAAAGCCUGCAACCUGGGCGAAGGUGUGGCCCAGCCUUGUGGAGCCAACCAGACCGUGUGUGAGCCCUGCCUGGACAGUGUGACGUUCUCCGACGUGGUGAGCGCGACCGAGCCGUGCAAGCCGUGCACCGAGUGCGUGGGGCUUCAGAGCAUGUCGGCGCCGUGCGUGGAGGCCGACGACGCCGUGUGCCGCUGUGCCUACGGCUACUACCAGGACGAGACGACCGGGCGCUGCGAGGCGUGCCGCGUGUGCGAGGCGGGCUCGGGCCUCGUAUUCUCGUGCCAGGACAAGCAGAACACCGUGUGUGAGGAGUGCCCCGACGGCACGUAUUCAGAUGAGGCCAACCACGUGGACCCGUGCCUGCCCUGCACCGUGUGCGAGGACACUGAGCGCCAGCUGCGCGAGUGCACACGCUGGGCCGACGCCGAGUGCGAGGAGAUCCCUGGCCGUUGGAUUACAAGGUCCACGCCCCCCGAGGGCUCUGACAGCACAGCCCCCAUCACCCAGGAGCCUGAGGCACCUCCAGAACAAGACCUCAUAGCCAGCACGGUGGCAGAUGUGGUGACCACAGUGAUGGGCAGCUCCCAGCCCGUGGUAACCCGAGGCACCACCGACAACCUCAUCCCCGUCUAUUGCUCCAUCCUGGCUGCUGUGGUUGUGGGCCUUGUGGCCUACAUAGCCUUCAAGAGGUGGAACAGCUGCAAGCAGAACAAGCAAGGAGCCAACAGCCGGCCAGUGAACCAGACGCCCCCACCAGAGGGAGAAAAACUCCAUAGCGACAGUGGCAUCUCCGUGGACAGCCAGAGCCUGCAUGACCAGCAGCCCCACACGCAGACGGCCUCGGGCCAGGCCCUCAAGGGUGAUGGAGGCCUCUACAGCAGCCUGCCCCCAGCCAAGCGGGAAGAGGUGGAGAAGCUUCUCAACGGGUCUGCGGGGGACACCUGGCGGCACCUGGCGGGCGAGCUGGGCUACCAGCCCGAGCACAUAGACUCCUUUACCCACGAGGCCUGCCCCGUUCGCGCCCUGCUUGCAAGCUGGGCCACCCAGGACAGCGCCACACUGGACGCCCUCCUGGCUGCCCUGCGCCGCAUCCAGCGAGCUGACCUCGUGGAGAGUCUGUGCAGUGAGUCCACUGCCACAUCCCCGGUGUGAGCCCAACCAGGGAGCCCCCGCCCCGCCCCACAUUCCGACGACCGAUGCUCCAGCCAACCCCUGUGGAGCCCGCACCCCCACCCUUUGUGGGGGGCCCGCCUGGCAGAACUGAGCUCCUCUGGGCAGGACCUCAGAGUCCAGGCCCCAAAACCACAGCCCUGUCGGUGCAGCCCGUGUGGCCCCUUCACUUCUGACCACACUCCCUGUCCAGAGAGAGAAGUGCCCCUGCUGCCUCCCCCACCAUGCACCUGCCCCGUCACCAUCUCAGGCCACCUGCCCCUUCUCCCACACUGCUAGGCGGGCCAGCCCUCCCACCACAGCAGGUGUCCUAUCUGGGGGCCGACACCAGGGAUGGUACUAGGGGGAAGCGACAAGGCCCCAGAGACUCAGAGGGAGGAAUCGAGGAACCAGAGCCAUGGACUCUACACUGUGAACUUGGGGAACAAGAGUAGCAUCCCAGUGGCCUCAACCCUCCCUCAGCCCCUCUCGCCCCCCACCCCAGCCUAAGAUGAAGAGGAUCAGAGGCCUGUCAGAGCUGGGAGGGGGUUUUGAAGCUCAGCCCACUCCCCUCAUUUUGCAUAUAUGUCAGUGAGGCCCAGAGAGAGGCCGUGACUCGCCCAAAGCCGCACAGCAAUGGGGAGGCCAAGUGCAGGCCGGCACCGUCUUCUCUAAAUGAGGGGCCUCAGGUUUGCCUGAGGGCGAGGGGAGGGUGGCAGGUGACCUUCUGAGAAUUGGCUUGAAGCCAUGUCAGCUUUGCCUUCCACUGUCUCCAGACUCCCACCCCUUCCCCACUGCCUGCCCACCCGUGGAGAUGGGAUGCUUGCCCAGGGCCUGGUCCAUGAUGGAGUCAGGUUUGGGGUUUGUGGAAAGGGUGCUGCUUCCCUCUGCCUGUCCCUGUCAAGCAUGCCUGUGUGACAACUGUGGCAUGGCUCCAGUCUGCUGCCCUCCAUCCCGGCAGGCACAGACCCGGAGCUAACACUGGCCCCUAGAAUCAGCCUAGGGGUCAGGGACCAAGAACCCCUCACCUUGCAACACACAGACGCAUGCACAUACGCACGCGCACACACACACACACACAGGAGGAGAAAUCUCACUUUUCUCCGUGAGUUCUUUCUCCUGGGCUGAGACCGGAUCCUGCCCAGGGCAGCUGCCAGAGAAGCAUCGGAGGGAAUUGAGGUCUGCUCGGCCGUCUUCACUCGCCCCCGGGUUUGGCGGGCCAAGGGCUGCCGAGGCUGGAGCUGGCGUCUGUCUUCAAGGGCUUACACGUGGAGGAAUGCUCCCCCAUCCUCCCCUUCCCUGCAAGUAUGGGUUUGGCUGGGCCCACAAGGUUGUGAUAAAGAAAAGCGGGCCAGUGUGGGAAUGCGGCAAGAAGGAACGACUGUGACCCGUGGGGAUUUCUCCCAGCUCUAGACAACCUUGCAAAGGACUGUUUUUUCCUGAGCUUGGCCAGAAGGGGGCCAUGAGGCCUCAGUGGACUUUCAGCCCCCUCCCUGGCCUGUUCUGUUUUGCCUGAUGUUGGAAUGAGUGUGGCUCUCCUCUAUUUAGCAUGACAAGCCCCAGGCAGGCUGUGCGCUGACAGCCACCCCUCCCCAGCCCAGGGUUCCCCCAGCCCUGUGGAAGGGACUGGGAGCAUUGUAGUAAAUGGCAAUUCUUUGACCUCAAUCUGUGAUGAGGGGAGGAAACUCACCUGCUGACCCCUCACCUGGGCACCUGGGGAGUGGGACAGAGUCUGAGUGUAUUUAUUUUCCUCCCCAGCAGGUGGGGAGGGGCUUUGGGGGCUUGCAAGUAUGUUUUAGCAUGUGUUUGGUUCUGGGGCCCCUUUUUUCUCCCCUUGGGCUGAGAUGGAACCCUUUUGGCCCCCCAACUGGGGGCCACGAGCUCCAGACCCCCAGCAUCCCUCCUGUCACCUCCCCUCCUUGCCUCCUGUGUAAUCAUUUCUUGGGUCCUCCUGAAACACAUAAAACAUAAGUGAUGAAUAUUAAAUAGCAAAGAAAGAAAAAUA